AUGAACUCUUCUUUCAAAAAUGUUCUUCUCAUUGGCGCGAGCGGAAACCUCGGUGCCCAUGUUUUGAAACUGUUCAUGGAUGCUCCGUACAAUGUCAGCAUCCUGACCCGCAAGGAAUCGAAAUCAACCUUCCCCGAAGGUGUGCCUAUCAUCAGGGCGGAUUAUUCCGACGUCAACGAACUCAAACAUGCCAUGGAAGGUCAGGAUGUGGUGAUUAGCAUGGUUGCCGUCUUUGCUACGGGUGGUCAACAGAAUCUGGUUGAUGCGGCCAUAGCUGCGGGCGUGAAGAGAUUCUUGCCUAGCGAAUUUGGGCCUCCGUCGCGCGAUGAAAAGUUCACCGCCCUGCAUCCCGCCUUACCGCCCAAGGUGGCUACGGUCGACUAUCUGCGAUCCAAGGAGUCUUCCAUCUCUUGGUCGGCUCUUAUUCCAGGCGCUUUCUUUGACUGGGGUAUGCGCCUUGGCCUAUUCGGCUUCGACAUCAAGUCCAAAACGGUUACACUCAUCGACGGUGGAACUGCCGUCUGUACAGCUACGACCCUACCGACCAUCGCAAAAGCAACCCUGGCGAUACUACAACACGCUGAUGGGACUAAGAACCAAUACGUCUACAUAUCUUCCUUCCAUACAAGUCAGAAAGAUCUCCUUGACGUAGUGGAGAAGAUUGACGGCCAGAAAUGGACAGUGAAGCAUACUACAUCUGAGGACCUGAUCGACCAAGGCAAUAAGAGAAUAGCUGAGGGAGACUUGAUGGGUGCCACGGAUCUAGUUGGAGGUGCGGCCUUUGGUAAACAAGCUCUGGGAGAUUCAAGACCAUGGGGAUUAUGGGAUGAGAAGUUGAGGCUUGAGAAGGGCGACUUGGAGCAAGCAGUUAGAGAGGUUCUCACGAGCAGGCAUUCCUGA